AUGGGGCAGCAGUUCAGCUGGGAGGAGGCGGAGGCAGCCGGCGAGAUGGACGUGGCCGAGCUCCAGGAGUGGUACAAGAAGUUCGUGGUGGAGUGCCCCAGCGGCUCUCUCUUCAUGCACGAGUUUAAGCGCUUCUUCAAGGUCACAGGCAACGAGGAGGCCACCCAGUACGUAGAGGGCAUGUUCCGAGCCUUCGACAAGAAUGGGGACAACACCAUCGACUUCUUGGAGUAUGUGGCCGCCCUGAACCUCGUGCUGAGGGGCACCCUGGAACACAAGCUGAAGUGGACCUUCAAGAUCUAUGACAAGGACCGCAACGGCUGCAUCGACCGCCUGGAGCUGCUCGACAUUGUGGAGGCGAUCUACAAGCUGAAGAAAGCCUGCAGGGUGGAGGAGGAGGCCGAGCAGCAAGGACAGCUGCUCACACCCGAGGAGGUGGUGGACAGGAUCUUCCUUCUGGUGGAUGAGAACGGAGAUGGCCAGCUGUCUCUGAAUGAGUUCAUUGAAGGUGCCCGUCGUGACAAGUGGGUGAUGAAGAUGCUCCAGAUGGACAUGAACCCUGGUGGCUGGAUCUCUCAGCAGAGGCGGAAAAGCGCCAUGUUCUGA